GUGGGUAGUGGUGUAUUUCACGUGUAGAAUCUGAUAAGGCUAGAUCCAAAGGGAUACUAAAUGUGAAAUGAUAAGAAAGAAAAAGUUAAGAAAAUAAGAAAAAAAUAUAGACGUGAAAGACGGGGCCGGUGAUGCAAAUGCAAGUAAACAAACUCGCUUUCCGAAGAAAAAAAAUAAAAUAAAAAACUCAUCCCUUGUUACACGCCCAUCAAAAUCAAUUCAAUUGACUCCGAUUCAACUCAGACCUAGUCAAGCUCACUUUAGAAGACCCCCUUCAUCCCAAUAUUCUAAACAUUUCAAAACCAAACCCAAAAUUUUCUACUUUGUAGAAAUCCCAUUUCAAUAAUAAUUUAACAAAUAUCAUCCCAAAUAAAAAAAAUUAAAAAAAUAAAAAAUGGAAAAAGUACACUUCGUGCUAAUCCCACUACCAGCACAAGGCCACAUGAUACCAAUGAUCGACAUGGCCAAGCUACUCGCCCAACACGGCGGCGGCGGCGUCGUCACCACCCUAGUCACCACCCCCCACAACGCCGCCAGAUUCUCCGCCACCAUCCACCGCGCCCACGCCGCCGGCCUCCACAUCCGCCUCAUCGAGAUCCCAUUCCCCUGCCACGAAGUCGGCCUCCCCCCCGGCUGCGAGAAUCUCGACAGCGUCCCUUCCAGAAACCUCCUCAGAAAAUUCUACGCCGCCCUGGACAAGCUCCACCGCCCCCUCGAGCAACACCUCCUGGAGCAGAACCCGCCGCCGAGCUGCAUCAUCUCCGACAAGUGCCUCUCCUGGACAUCCAAACUCGCCGCCGAUUUCAACAUCCCGAGGCUAGUCUUCCACGGGAUGUCCUGUUUUUCCCUGCUGAGCUCCCACAAUCUGAAUCUCCACAAACCGCACGUGUCGGUGACGUCAGAUCACGAGCCGUUUGUCAUCCCGGGGAUGCCGGUCACCGUGAGGAUAGCGAAAGCCCACCUCCCGGGCUCGUUUCUCGCGCUUCCCGAUCUCGACGACGUUAGGGAGCAAAUGCACGUGGCGGAGUCGAACGCCUACGGCGUCGUGAUGAACACUUUCUCCGAGCUCGAAGGCGGCUGCGUCGAAGAGUACGUACGCGCCGUCGACAAGAAAGUGUGGUGCAUCGGGCCCGUGUCGCUGUGCAACGGCGAAUCGGCCGAUAAGUUCGAGAGAGGCAACCGCGCCUCGAUCGACGAGAAGGCGUGUUUGGAAUGGCUCGAUUCGAUGGAGCCGGAAUCGGUUGUCUACGCGUGUUUAGGUAGUCAGUGCCGGUUGAUUCCGGCGCAGUUGAUCGAGAUCGGGCUCGGGCUCGAAGAAUCGGGGCGUCCGUUCGUAUGGGUUAUUAAACGAGGGGAGAGAUUCGAUGAGAUGGAGAAAUGGCUUUUGGAUGAGGGAUUUGAGGAUAGGGUUAGAGGGAGGGGGCUCUUGAUCAAAGGGUGGGCCCCACAGGUUUUGAUUCUGUCGCACGGUGCGAUAGGUGGGUUUCUGACGCACUGCGGUUGGAAUUCGACGAUAGAAGGUGUUUGUUCGGGGAUUCCGAUGAUGACGUGGCCGAUGUUUGCGGAGCAGUUCUUGAACGAGAAGCUUGUUGUGGAGGUGCUGGGGAUUGGGGUGAGAGUUGGGGUGGAGUUGCCGGUGAGGUGGGGUGAGGAAGAGAGGGUCGGGGUGGCGGUGGUGAAGGGGCAGGUUGCGAGUGCUGUGGCGGCGUUGAUGGGCGGCGGGGAGGAAGGUGAGCGGAGGAGAAUCGACGCGAGGCGGUUGAAGGCGGUUGCGGUGAGUAAAAUGGAGGAUGGUGGUUCGGCGAGAUUGAAUAUAUCGGCUUUAAUUCGGGAUAUUAUGGAGCUAACUUUGUUGCGUAGAGAUCAAUUGUAACAUGUUAGCGUAUUGAAAUGGUAGUUGUUUAACGCAAAUUUCUUGUUUAUGAAAUUGACAAAUGAGAAUAAUUUGCACGGCGGAUAUAAUGAAGCAUAUAAACUAGGGGUGUAGAUUGAAUCCGAAUUUAGCCAUUUCAGAAGAAUUCCAAUUUUUUUUCUC